AGCCCAAGAAGAAGCUGCGACUUACGCCUCGAGACAGACAGACACGGAGAUGAGCUUGGCGCUUCUGGGAGGCUACUCCUCCGCCGAGGACGACGACCCCGCCGCCGGCGCCGGCGCCGAGCUGAGCGACUCCGGCGGGUCAUCACUAGAGGAGGCCGGAUCCGACGGCGAAGAGGAUUCCGCUCCCCCGAAGCCGGCUGCGAAGCCCCGCCGCGGAGCAAACCCUAGCACUGGCGCCGAUGGAGGCGGCGGGGACUCCUCGCUGCCGUCCGCGUUGGAUGUCUUUGCGGAGAUCUCUGGGCCCCCGGAUUUCCUCAACCGAAGAGUCGCCGAGCCCGAGGAGGCGCGUGAGGCGCUCGGCGUGCUAGAUCGCCGUUCCAAGGAGGGGAGAAAGCUGCCACCCCCUGGUGCAGUUGUGGCGGCAAAACCACAGAUGGUUGCCAUUCGUGAACGAGUGAGCAGUGACAUGAAGAAUGGUGCCAAUCCUCCAGGCACGGUUGUGAAGGCGAAACCACAAUUGGUUGCCACUCAUGAAAGAGUGAGCAGUGACACGAACAGUGGUGCUGAUCCUCCAGGUUCCAUUGAAGGGAAGAGAAAAUUAGGCGCUACAAAUCCUGGUCCAGAAGAUGCUGCCGAUCUUCUAAGAAUGUGUCUCCAAUGUGGUAUACCAAAGACCUAUUCACACGCACAAGGUAUGGUAUGCCCUGUUUGCAAUGAUAGACCGGCGCAGACAAAAGAGCCGGAAAAGAAGAAGGGUUCCGGUAUCAAAGACAAGGAGAAAGUCAAGAGGAUGAGAGGUCAAUCGUCGCAUGCAUCAUGGAAAAGCGAAACUGAGAUGGCUCUGCGGCAACAGUUUGACUGAUUGCUUAGUAGUGGCACCAGGAAUGUUGUAACGAGAUUUAGUAGGUUGUAAAACAGUGGAGAACUUUUGCAGCAAUCCUUUCCUUGUAAGCAAGCUUGUACCACUGGCUCACGGUGGGUUCCAGAUUAUCAUCGUUUGUUUUCUUGUUAUCUGCGCGUGUUGUUUUGAUAAGGUGUCUCCAUUAAUGUUUCCCAGUGAGCACUGUGAGGUCCUGCUUGAA